CUGGGACUGUAUAUAAAAACAGCAGAGAUUGUAGUGAGGGUGUUUUAAAGAAAGAAAAAAAGGGCUGAAUGCUGGGACCUUUACAGCGGAAGAGUUUUACUCGUCGUUUCCUCAAUCUAUAAACCAAAGUGGAGAGCAACAUUAACUGGACUUAGUGGACAGAUAGAGAUGAGAGUGAAGUCAGGUUUGAGGUAGUGUGAACGGAGACACCUGUUGCUUUCAACUGGACUUGCCAAUAAAUCACUGUUCUAUCGUGAAGUCAGUUCACUACCAUUGAUGGGAUUGAUCUUCGGCUAACCCUGGUAGGACAUCCUGUGCCACUGCAACGGAGAAGUCCAACUUGGGCUCGACUUCAGCAUAGAAAGCAACGUUGAUUACUAGAUGACUGGUGACAUUUGGAUUUAAGUGAGGGUCUCAAACUUUGUGAGUGUCUUCGGCAAGUAAAGCAUUUCCAAAAUGGCACUGAAAAAAAUCGCAACCAAGCGCAACAUAUCUGCCCUGAUGCUUCUACUCCUGAUGCAGGUCCUUCUGACCUAUGUUGGCGUAUGGGUGGCUCUCGAUAGCAAGAAUUACGACAGUUAUCCGGGCAAACUUAAACGCCAGGACAUGGCCGUCGCAUUCUCCACGCAGAAUGGUGGUAAGACAGCAACCACAGGUGUUCCUCUGCUUCAAACCAACUUGACAACAACUCUUGGAGCAAAGGACAACAGUUCUCAUCUAAAGACAUCUCCCAAAAGUAAACUUAAAAGUGAGAAUCUUGCGAACGUCACCAAGGAGCACCUGGUCGGUAAAGUUCAAGUAUCGGGGAGUAAAUGGCUGCUUCAUUUGUUUUCAGAGAGCAAGUCUUACUGUAAUGGCAAGAUUGAAAUGAUAGAGAACGUCGCUGCAUUGUUCAGGAAUGCAGUUAUCGACCCUUCGCUCGGCAGUGCCCAGGCACAAAGCAGAGCCAACGUCAAAGAUGUUCUUCUGCAGAAGGAAUUACUGGAGUUUUACCGCCUCAAGAAGGGAUACCUUAAAGUCGAUGACUGCUCCGAUGUACCGGCCCCUAAGAAUGUACAAAUUGAUGGGGGUAAGAGCGACCACAUCAAGGAAUUUAAUAAGGCGGUUGAAAUUUCAACGAAUGCCGCUGACGUCACUCACCGAUAUGAUGGAGACUUUGUCAUUAUGAUGACCCGCUAUGAGUAUGCCAAUGUUUACUGGACUGUCAUUGAUCUCUAUGAUGCUUUCCUCAUGAUGCGAUUCUACAAUAGAACAUUCAACUCAACCGACCUCUUGCUCUUCGACGCUCACCCACUAACGAAACUUGAUGAGAUUUUCGAUGGAGUGUUCAGGCGAGUGAUCCGUCCUAGAGACUUGACCCAGCCUACUCGCUUCAGAAACUUAGUCCAGUGUUUCCAUCGAGGAAAAAGCCCGGUUCUGAGGAAAAUUCUUCAGCCUUUACCCCUUGUGAAUGAAUUCAGAAGUCAAGUUAUGUUGGCAAUGAAAAUCGAACUUCAACCACUGGCAGAUCGAAAAAGGCGUUGUGCAGAGAACACACUCAACGUGCUCUUUAUCUGGCGGAGGAAUUACGUUGCGCAUCCACGAAACCCAGCAGGCGUCGUUGCAAGAAAAAUUUCCAAUGAAGACGAACUGUUGAACAUUACAAGACGCAACUUCCCAAAAUACAGCGUCGUCGGUGAACAACUGGAUAAGUACCCUGUGAAGAGACAGCUUGAGGUGAUGGGUAACGUGGACAUUAUGGUCAGCAUGCAUGGGGCAGCUUUUGGCUUUGUCAUCUUCAUGCAAGAGGGAUCAGGAGUUCUUGAGAUGUGGCCAAAAGGUGAUCCAGGAAAUUGGCACAUGGAGUAUCUUGCCAGACGCAACCGACUUUAUUAUAAAUCCUGGCAAAACAACGAUGAGAAAAACGAAGACCGGAGGAUGAAAGCGACUAAAGUAUCCACUCAAAUCGUGAAAGACGCGGUGAAAGGGUUAAGUGAAAGUGUUUGCUCAAAAUACUUGAAAGAUCCGUUGUAGGAGUAUUUUAAAGUUUUUUCGACACCGAGGCUCAAAUUUCAGGAAACUGUUUACCACUGAACUCUGCGCUAUCAAUAAAGUGCAUGAUUCUCGAGUGUAGAGUUCUGCGAUAAGCAAAGCCAUGUAUCUAUGAAGCCAAUGGUUGCCAUGAAAGAUUCCAAGACACCAUGAAAGAUUCAGAAGCCACCCGUGGUGUCUUUUAUAACUUCCUGCCACCUUUUCUAAAAACUAUUUUAACACGGGGUCCCAAUUUCCACUGUUUUACAGCAAAACCCUGGGAAUCAAAUUUUCAAAGGACUUUUAAAAUUCCUUGAUACUAGCAAAAAGUUUUUCUAGAUGAAAGUGUUGAUAGAAAUGUUUUCACAAUUUGAAUGUCAUGUGUUUAUUUUUGAACGAAUAUAUGAAUAUAAAGUGUUUUUUUACAGUUUUCAUUUUUAUAAAAAGGUUAAGGUAAAAAUUCUAAAUGUUUUAAGUUCUUUUAAUAUUUGCCAACUUGCACAAUUUUAAAUUAAGUACUUCCAUCAAGAAUUUUUAUCAUUUGUUAACUUGUAUUUUUUAAAGUUCCAAAUUUGUAUAUUUUGAACAAGUUCUACAUGCUUUAAAAGCAUCAUGUUCUAUAUUAAAUUAAACAUUUUUUAAAUAAGUUGAAUUUAAUUUGUUUUUAAAGGGUUAAAGUUAUUAAUGCAUGCAUGUAAUGUGCCGCCAAUUUUAGAUUUUCCAUUGGUUGAGCUUGCAAAUUUUUGCUACAGGAUUGUCACAUAAUAUUAAUGUCCAUAGUUGACACAGAAUAAAUGUGCAGCAGACACAUACAUGUCACAGUCAAGCUCAGCAUUCUCUGUGUUCUAUUUUUACGGUCAAGCAUAAACCUGCAUUUUGGACAAUCUAUCGAGAAAUUUUUUGUUUUGCAGUUUGAGUUUGGCCUAUAUAGUGUACUUGAGGUAAGGGUUUAUACUAAGUCAGUCUAUACAUGUAGUGUUGUUUGUUAAUGUUUUAAGAGUCAUUCCACACUUCUGUGUCAGGCUUUUGUGUUUUAAGUUUCUCAGAAGUUUUCACAAACAGCACGGGUCCAAAUGAAGAAUGUGUCUUUAUUAACGCGUGAAUGGAAGUAGGUAAAAUCUUGCGACCGUUUGUGGCCCAUCACACAGAACUCAUUCUCACUAGAGUCUGAAAAAAUGUAGUCUUGUUGCAAGAUGAUAGUGAUGUGCGCAGCUAGGAGGGAACGUGCAGGGGACUGCGAUAGUGGAUGACGUCUUGCACCAGGACUACCAAGAAUGUAGUGAGGACAAAUUCGGUGUGAUGGGGGGGGGGGGGUAUAACGGGUUACAGAGUUGAGAAGGUCCAUGAUGUUAAAUUCUUAUUGAAAUUAUUUUUUAACAACUUUGUAUUCAGAUUUUACUUUAUGACUUUAAAUUAAAAACUAGAAUAGUAGUCCAAACUCGAACAAUUUUGGUGUAAUUGGGAAAUUAAAUGAUUUUUUGUUCAGUUUUUUUUUCUUCUAAAUUUUGUGCAAACACUAGGUGUUCGGCUUUCGUUGGGUCAGUGUUUGAAUCAAUGAAAAGAGUGUUGUGAAUACUUUUAAUAGCUCAUCAAAUUGCAAAGAAAUCAAACCGAAAAUGUUUUUUUGCUGUGAACACCUAAAAAACACUCCAAUCUAUUUGUACUAAUCAGAGAUUUUUGAACGCUAGGUGGCAUCAGACUUAAGUAGCUUGGAGGAAUAAGGGUGACUCAUUUUGCACUUAAUUUGAAGGUUGGGUCAAAGAUUGGUUUUUGUUUACUGGAAUGCUGAUUUAUAGGCAAAAAUAUGAAAAAAGGAUAUAAUACAAGUCACAUGUGAAAGUUUCAGCGAAAAAACAACCUAAGAGCACAUCACAUUUUUUUCUAAACAAUGUUAAAUCCAUCCACCAGUAGGCAAGACAACUGGUACCAAUGGUAUCCUUGGCCGCAGCAUUCACAAACAAACACUGACCUAUAAAUGUUUUCACGCAUGAAUCAUUUCUCAGAAUCCAAAGUAUCCAAAAAUAGUUUAUUAUAGGCGAUGUGACCUCUGACGUCACACGAAAGCCAUAACAUGAUUCGUGCGCAUACCGCCGGGCAAAACCUUUGUGUUUUG